UUUAAACGAAAUCGGAUCAAAAUGAAUACAAUUUUUGGAUUUUAUCUGCUAUUAGCCACAACAGUUUUUGCGCAAGCAUACAGAAAAUUCGGUCUGACUUGUGAUGAUAUAGCCUGUGUGUCGGGUAAAAAGUGCAUUAUGUCCAGACUUUCCUGCAACGAUCCCGAUCAACGAGAAGGAGAGAAAUGUGGAACUUAUCCGGAAUGCAAAGCAGAUCAGCUGGCCAGCGAUUUCUCCAUCGACACCACACUGACCAUCGCCAACACCCGCAGUAGUAUCAUCAUUCCCAGCACCUUCACAAACCGCAAUCGGACUUAUAGGGAUAAUGACUUUGAGCUGCUAACAGACUUCAGCGAUCCAGCUAAAUUUGCCACACACGAAGGACAAACUCAAGCUAAUGUUUUGGUUAUUGUUCAGGAUGGUUCUCAACAACCACAACAGCUGAAUCCUUGGCUUAAUAGGGGUCAAAGUUCACCCUGCACUGUCAGUCCGCUCUAUCCGUAUGCAUGCAACUAUCCAGGAUAUGCUCCGAGUUCUAGAGCGGGAUUACCAUCCUAUCCACAGCCACGAUCGGCCAACGUGCCAAAAUUAGUUCCCCCCACUCCGCCUUGCUACUAUAAUUGCUUUCCAAGAGUGCGAUCAAGUCCCUAUGGACAAUAUGGAUACCCCCUCGCUAGAUCAGCCAACCCCUCUGCGACUAAUAACUAUUUAAUAUACCUCACAUUGGCUGGCUGA